AUGUUAACUGUUCAGUUGGUUGAUAUAGAUAAUCGUCACAAUCAACAACAACAACAUCAUCAUCAACAACAACAACAAAAACAACAUCUAAAUUUUAACAAUCACCAUAGUUACUGUAUUGGUCAUUAUCCGACACGUUAUCACCAAUCAUAUCUUAUGCCACAAGAUCAUCUUACUUAUGAUAAUAAUAAUCCAAUAACAAAAUUAACAGCUCUUACAUUCAGUACUUCAACAUGUCUUAAUAUUAUUACUACUACUACUACUAAUAAUAAUAAUAAUAAUUUUACUGAUAGUAAUAUUAUUAAUAAUCAUAGUAACAAGUCAACAUUUAUAAAUUUUAAAAAAAAUCACUCAAAAUAUUAUUGUUGUUGUUCUUCUUUUUCUACAGUUAAUAUCAAUAAUUAUUCUAAUUCUAUGAUCAAACAUCAUUUGGACAAAGUUGAUGAAUUAAAACAAGAAGAAGUCAGGAGAAUAGAAAGACAACAUAAUCAAAAUGACGAUCAUAAUCAUGAUAAUAAUUUACAACAAAUAAAAUCAAGUCAAGAUUAUGAAUAUGAUCCAUUUCAAACUGAUCUUAAUCCAAAUCAUUCUAAUCAAUAUCAAGAACAAAAUAUUUUAAAAACAGAAAAAUCAAUAAUUAAUGAAAAUUGUUUAGAGAAAAAUGUACUUCCAAUAACAAAAUUGAUUAAAGAUAAUAAUCAUAAUACAAUUUUAGAUAAUGAUCAUUCUAUACUACUUAUUAAUGAAAAUAAUUCUAUUCAACAAAAUAAUUUAAUUGAAGAUAUCAAACCUUUAAUAUUAGGAAAUUUAAUUUGUUCAUCAGAUGAAAUGAAAAAUUACCGGUGUACAAAUUCCUAUUCAGAAUUAUGGGAUCCAAUUAAAAAUGAAACAAAAUUUUCAAUGAAUGUUGAUCCAUCUAUUUCUAUUUCAAAUAAUUCAAUAAAUUCAAUUGAAAAUAAUCAUAAUAAUGAAAAUAAUGAUUAUAAAUUUUCUACUGUACAAUGUAAAAAUUUACCCUAUGAAUUUACAAGAUCAAAUAUUCAUAAUUCAUGUAAUGUGACGGAACAACUUUGGUCAUCGUCAUCAUUAUCAUCAUCGUCAUCAUCAUCAACAACAUCAACAUCAUUAUCAUCAUCCUCAUCGAUAUCGGAACCAUCAGCUGUAGAAUCAUCGUCAUCAACAUCAUUAGACAGAUUAGAAGAUAAACGAACAACAUUCUCACAAUCAUUUGAAUUAACUAAUUUACAUUGUACUUCAUGUCAUGAAUGUAUACAUGAUAAAUUAUUCUUAUGUAUGGAUAAUAAAUAUUGGCAUUUGAAUUGUUUAAGAUGUUAUAAAUGUGGUAUUACAUUACAAUGGGAGAAAACAUGUUUUGUUAAAAAUGAUAUGGUUUUCUGUCGUGAACAUUAUAAAAGACUUUCUUCUUGUUUCCGAUGUGGUAUUAAAUUAAAUAAAAAUGAUUUAAUAUUUCAAGUUAAUUAUGAUACUUUAUAUCAUGAAUCAUGUUUCACUUGUUAUAGUUGUGGUCGAUUAUUAAAAUAUGGUGAUACAUAUAUAUUAGAAAAUCAAACUAUUCAAUGCUCAUUACAUAAUCAUACUACUACUAAUACUACUACUAAUAAUAAUACUAAUGAUGAUCAAUCAUUUAUUAUGGAUAAAACAUUAAUAUCAACCGAUCCAUUAACUGAUGCUAAUCAUUCUUAUAUUCAAUCAACUAUAUCAAAAUCUCAUCAUUCAUUAAAUAUAAAUAAUAAAUUCCCUAAUUUAAUUAAUUUUUUACAAUCAAAUAAUUCAAUUAAUUUAAUUGAAGAAAAUAAUAAUUUUCAUAAAAAUUUUGAAAUCAUAAAAAAAAAUUAUUUACCAAAUUUAUUAACAAAAUCCUCAUAUCAACAACAAAAUGAUUUAUCGAUUAUUUAUGAUAUUACUACUACUAAUAAUAAUAGUAGUUUAAUUAGUGAUAAUGAAAAAAAUCAAUCAAAAAAUUUUUCACUUCUUCAAUUAUGUAAUACAAAUGAAAAAAAUUCAAUAGAAAAUGUAGUUAUUGAUUAUUCAACAGAACAAUUAACUCCUUUAAUAUUAUCUAAUUCAAAUCAUAUUGAUGAUUGUCAAAAUUAUUUAAUGAAAUCUCAUAAUGAAGAUAUUAAUGAAUGUUUUUCUGAUUGUUUACAAAUUCCUAUUAAAAAUUUUUCAUUGAAUGAUAAAGAUUUCAAUAAAUUAAACAAUUCACAAUUUUGUUUAAAUGAUUCAAAUAUGAAUUAUAUUACUGAUUAUGUUAAUUCAAAUUCAAAAUUAUCAACUAUAAACUAUAAUGAAUUAAAUGAAACAAAACAUAUUCCAGAAAUUGAUAAUAAUAAUAAUGAUAAAAUUAAUUUAUUACCAAGUAUAGAAACUGUUACACAAUCAUUUAAUACUAAAUCUAAUCAUAUAAUUGAUAGUAUCAAUAAUGAUAAUAAUACAAAUUGUAUAUUGAAUACAAUCAAUAAUAGAACACCAAUUAGUACAGUUUUAACUUCACCAUUAUAUUCAUUUUGUUCUUCUUCAUCUUCUUCAUCGUCAUCAUCAUCAUCAUCAUCGUCAUCAUCAUCAUCUUCUUCACCUUCAUUAUCAUCGACAUGUAUUUCAUUAUCAACUUCCCCACCAUUAUGUCCUAUUGGAAAUUUUACAAAUGUUAAUUCUACAUCAAAAACUGUUAUAUCUACAAAUAAAGAUGUACAUAAUAUAAUGACAUUAAAAGAUACUAAUCAAAAUCAUAUUAUAAAUAAAAGAGAAUUAUCAAUGUUAACAGAUUUAUGUGAAACUUCAAUGAACAAUUAUAAUGAAAAUAUAAAUUCAAUUCAUAAACAACAACCUUCAUUAAAUGAAACAAUAACAAAUGAAGUAAUGAAUAAAACAUCUGUGAAAUCUGUUAAUUUAUUUAAAAAUACAAAAUCAGAACAAAUAAAAUCGAUAAAAUCAAUUAAAUUUAUAAAAAAAUCAGAAAAUGAACGUUUAAUAUCUAAUGAAAAACUUCAUAGACGAAUAGAUAAAAAUAAUGGAAAAAUUAAACGAAUACGUACAUCAUUUAAACAUCAACAAUUAAGAAUAAUGAAAUCUUAUUUUGAAUUUAGUCAUAAUCCUGAUUCUAAAGAUUUAAAACAAUUAUCACAAAAAACUGGUUUAUCUAAACGUGUUUUACAGGUAUGGUUUCAAAAUGCACGCGCUAAAUUUCGUCGAAAUAUUACCAAUCAAAUUUAUACAGAUAGAUUAAAACAAAAAGAAAUGAAUUCAAUAAAUCAAUAUAAUACAACACAAAAUAUAAAUCAAUUAAAAGAGAUAAAUUGUCAAAAUUUAUAUCCAUGUAUAACUAAUACAUAUGAUUAUAAUGAAGAAAAAACUGAUAAUCUUUAUACAAAAUCAAUAAAUUCAGAUUUUAAUAUUUAUGUACAUGUUCCAUCAUCAAAUUCAAAUAAUGGAUCAUUAAUCGAUAAUUUAAUACAACAAAAUGAUAUUAAAUCUGAUUUAUUAUGUUCAACAAAUAAUUUAUCAUCAUAUUCGGAUAAUUUAUCUCAAUCAGUUCGAUAAUUUUAAAUGAAUGUUAAAUAUAAAUUGUAUAAUUUGAAAACAUUCCAUUCUAAUAUUAUAUAACAGGUCAAUCAAUUUAUCCUAUUACCUAAUGAUACAUACUUAUACCCAAUCACCCACCCACCCAUUUACCCGACGACCCACCCACACACACCCACACAUACAUUCAUACAUAUCAUUCCCUUAUCAUAAAAAUAAAAUAUACCAAAUGUUCAUUAAUAUAAACAUUAUGAUUUUAAGAAUUGUCAUAGACUUAUUUACUUAUUUAUUUCAUUCAGUUAAUAAUAAUAAUCAUAAUAGUUUGAUUUUCCUUUAUCCCUUCAUUUCUGUCCUGUAGAAUGAUGUGAUAUACAUAUGUAUGUAUGUAUGUAUGUAUGUAUGUAUGUAGUGUGGUCUCCAUUUUCUUAUAUAUUUAAUUUAAUCUUUAUACUUGAUAUGAAAUUUUACAAGAAUCAUUGCAUAAUUGUAUUUUAUGCAUAUUCAUAAUAUAAAUUACAAUAAAUCUCAUCUUUCCAUUUGUUUUCCUAGAUUGUUCUGUGUUUUUCUUUCCACUUUUUUCCCUUCUUCUUCUUGUCCGUCUUGUUUUCUGUUUGUUUGUUUGUUUUUGAUUUCAAUCUUGAAUUAUCUUAUUUAUAUGAGUUCAGAAAUUCAAUACUAUAAAUAGUUGAAUAAAAAGGCGCCAAAGUUUUUUCAAAUAAUACAUUAAUCUAUAAUGAAAUUUUUAAUAAAAUAUAAAUAUAAUUUGUAAUUUAUUGUUGUUAAAUUUAAUUGAAAAGUAAUUUAUUUUAUUUUAUUUAUUAAUCAAUUGACUUUGAUCUUGAUCACUUUUAUAUUUCAAAAAAUUGAUAAUAAGUUACCCAGUGAAUUCUUCAUUAUAGAAGUGAAUAGUAUGAUAUUUUAUAAGAUAACUAUUUGAUCUAUACAGUGUACUUCAAAAAGUCAUCAAGCCUUGAUGAUUUCAUGAUUAUUAUUAUUAUUGAUUUAAAAGACUAAGCUUAUUUUUAAUCCUUUCAGUGUAUCUUAAUAUGAUCAUCGUAUAUGACCCUUUUGAUCAUUUAUAUAUUCAUUUAGCAAGUGAGUAGUGUAUAUAAAAGUGUCAUUCUUACUAAAGAUCCUAUUUUAAUCUAUAGUUGUCUGUUAUAAACGUGUUCAUUGAAGUACAUUCUGAUGUUUAAA